UGUGUCAACAAGCGGUAGUAAUAAGAAGGAAAUAAAAGAUCUACUCGAACAUCACUGAGGUUCUUUUUUUGAGUGUUUUCCCAUACGUAUUAAAAGGAGAAAGCAGAAGACAUUUAAUCUAACGCACCAAUGAGAUCAUUCGAAAAGAGUAUUCUGCACUCCGAGGGUAAGCGUGUGCGACCUAAACUUUUAUACGACUUGGAUUUCACAAAAAUACCCACGCCACUCUACAAUUUAUUUCAGAAAAGUCUCUGCGAUGCUGAGACCGAUGUUUUUAUCCAGAGCGCUUCGAAGUUUAGCGUGUGGAAGUUGUUGAUCGCUAAUAUUUGCAGUUCUGUGGUGUCCCGCACGACCGCGAACGGCUUGGUUGGCCGUGGGGGCAUGUUUGUCCUUUCCACAGCGCAGGCCCACUCGCUUUUACGUUCACCCGCGGCACCUCGAUCGGGGGAUGUAGACCACGCGCCGUCCUCUCGGCUGUCAAAUGAGCCGAUCUUCAAGACUUUGCUGGAUAUCGGCGCCGGGGAUGGCGGCGUCACGGCGAAGCUUUCCCCGCUUUUUGAAAAGGUCUUCGUGACGGAGUACUCGGCGACCAUGCGCUGGCGGCUGAAGCGCCACGGGUAUGAAGUUCUUUCUCAUGAGGAUCCUUUCCAUGAUGAGAAGACCAAAAAGAGACGCCUGUACGACGUGAUUAGCUGCAUGAACGUCCUUGACCGUGCGGACACCCCUCUGACGCUUCUUCGGGAAAUGAGGGAGAGUCUGAAUACGGGGGGGCUUUUAUUAUUAGCCGUCGUUCUUCCGUGGUGUCCUUUUGUAGAAUACAACAACAAAAAGCAGGAGCCGAAGGAGCAGCUUCCUAUGGCGGGUGGUGAGUGCCGGAACGGGGCCUCCUUUGAGAUGUCGAUGAGCAAGUUAGUAGAAAACGUGCUGCAACCAUGCGGUUUUGAGGUGGUUCGCUGGACACGGGUUCCAUAUUUGUGUGAAGGUAACUUCGAAUUGGAGUACUCGACUCUGAGUGAUGCCGUUUUCGUCUUGAGGCGCAGUGUCCCCUCAGAAGGGGAUAUUUCACUUUCUAAUGAUCUCUGA